GCGAUUUUUAUAUCGUUUCGGGUGGGGGGUGCGGACGGUGGAGGCGAAAGCAAGGCGAUCAGAGACAGGCUCCGAGCCGAGGCUCGGACCAUCGCGGUACCUCUCUUCUCUUUCUUUCUUUCUUCGAAGCGAAUCGCAGGAGUGAGAGAGAUAGGGAUAAGAGAGAGAGAAGAGGAGAAGCUUCGUCGCGAGGGAACGAGGGCGGGCAUCGGGGGAGAGAGCGGCCUUUCUUCUCCUGUUAGCUUGGUGGGGGGUGGUGGUGUCGGGGUCCUUAAAGCUGGAUGGUUGGGAUGAACGGCGGAGCGCGGGGGAGGACCGGCGAUCGGGCGUGGAGGCUGGCUGACGAGAUGAACAGCAACGGAUGCUGCGGGGUGGAGUCGGAGUACGUGAGGCGGCUCCAUCGGCACGAGCUCAGAGAGAAUCAGUGCAGCUCCACUCUCUUCAAGCACAUCAAAGCCCCUGUUCAUCUCGUGUGGUCUUUGGUGAGGAGAUUCGAUCAGCCGCAGAAGUACAAACCCUUUGUAAGCAGAUGUGUCAUGCAAGGGGAUCUGGGGAUUGGAAGCGUGAGGGAAGUGAAUGUCAAAUCUGGGCUCCCUGCCACCACCAGCACUGAGAGAUUGGAAUUUCUUGACGACAACGAACAUAUUCUUAGCAUCAAGAUUGUGGGAGGGGAUCAUAGGCUCAAGAACUACUCAUCCAUCGUUACCCUUCACCCCGAGAGCAUCGAUGGGAGGCCAGGGACACUGGUGAUAGAGUCAUUUGUGGUGGAUGUGCCCGAUGGGAACACCAGAGAUGAGACAUGCUUUUUCGUGGAGGCCUUGAUCAGGUGCAAUCUCAAAUCAUUGGCCGACAUAUCAGAGCGCUUGGCGGUGCAAGAUCAGACAGAGCCUAUUGAUCGAUGAUUCCAUUGAUUCAUCUGCGGAGUAAUGAAAAUUGCCAGGAUAAAGCUUUCAAGCCAUUCUGAACUUGGAAGCUUUUGAGAUAGUGGUAGUUCUUUUCUUCUUAGGUCCUACACCUACCCUUCUUAUCCUACUGUUUCAUUCCAAUACUGUUUCAAAAUGAAGUCGAUGUUUUUGUCUGGGUAGUACCAGAACCUCAUUCUCUCAUGAGACUCAAAUUCAGAGGCCGCAUAUAUAGUUAGAUCUCCUCGCUUGGGUUUUCCUGAAGGCCUUUGAAUAGUGCUGUAGUAAAUUUGUCCAGAAUUGAUGAUUGUAUGAUUUUGUAGAUGUUAUCUGAUGCUGCCGUGGAGAUGGGAAUUUAGAGGA